AUGGCUCCCCUUUCGCGUCCAUUGUCUCCGUCGUCACUCCUUGCCCAAGGGGCCUUUGACAUCCGGAGAGCACGGUUCUCGGACCUUUCCGCUGCAGCACGUGUGUGCUCUCUUGCUUUCGACGAUGAUGUGCUCUUUGGCCGCCUGAUCCACCCCUAUCGAAAGUCGUAUCCCGGCGAUGUCGACAAGUAUUGGUAUCGACGGUUCGUCGUCGACUGGUGGGAUCCCAGCCAUGUUUUCCUUGUGGCCACAGUGACGGCUGAAGAUGGAUGGGGAGAAGUCGUGACUGGGGUCGCUCAUUGGAGCCGGAUAGCUCCUAGCUGGAAGGAGAAUUACAAGGCUGGCUGGGGAUACGCUUGGUGGGACCCAAGACGUUUAUUUCAACCCAUAGCACGACUGGCUGUGGGAAUUCUUUCAUGGCUCUCACCGAACCACGCGGCAUCACCGACGGACGAGAACAUUAUUGAACGCUCAUACAACUACCUCGACCACAUCUGGACAGGUCCACGCUCCGAGUCCUGGUACCUCGAAUGCCUGGCCGUCGACCCUAAAUACCAGAACCAGGGCCAGGGCCGUGCCCUCGUCAUGACGUGUCUGUGGCAAGCACAAAAGGAAGGUAUCGCGUGCAGCGUCAUCGCCGCAGACGGGAAGGAGAGAUUCUACCAGGCUUGCGGCUUUGACAUCGGACCUGUUGGCAGGUCCGGUGAGGGGGAAGGUAAUCCUCUGAGGGAUGUACCUGGUGGUUUGGUGUUCUUCAAGGACAAGGAAGGUGUGGUGGUCCCAGACAGGGAGGUGGGGUCGUGGACAUAUGGGCACGGCGUGUUCGACUGGGAUGAGUGGAAGAAGAGAGUCGAAAGCAAGAAGAUCACUGAUGGUUAG